CGGGUGAGGACAGCACCAGGAGGCGGCCCCGAGCGCGGCCACAAAGACCCCGGGCGGCGUCUCUCCGCGGACCGGUUCCACUUUAACUCCGUCAUGUCCUUCGGCAGAGACAUGGAGCUGGAGCACUUUGACGAGCGGGAUAAGGCUCAGAGAUACAGCAGAGGGUCGCGGGUGAACGGGCUGCCCAGCCCAACGCACAGCGCCCACUGCAGCUUCUAUCGAACCCGCACGCUGCAGACCCUCAGCUCAGAGAAGAAGGCCAAGAAGGUCCGUUUCUAUCGAAAUGGAGACAGAUACUUCAAAGGGAUUGUGUAUGCCAUCUCCCCAGACCGCUUCCGAUCUUUUGAGGCCCUGCUGGCUGACUUGACCCGAACUCUGUCGGAUAAUGUGAAUUUGCCCCAGGGAGUGAGAACAAUCUACACCAUUGAUGGGCUCAAGAAGAUUUCCAGCCUGGACCAGCUGGUGGAAGGAGAGAGCUAUGUGUGUGGCUCAAUAGAGCCCUUCAAGAAACUAGAGUACACCAAGAACGUGAACCCCAACUGGUCCGUGAAUGUCAAGACCACCUCGGCUUCCCGGGCGGUGUCCUCACUGGCCACUGCCAAAGGGAGCCCUUCAGAGGUACGGGAGAAUAAGGAUUUCAUUCGGCCCAAGCUGGUCACCAUCAUCCGAAGUGGGGUGAAGCCACGGAAAGCUGUCAGGAUUCUGCUGAACAAGAAAACCGCCCAUUCCUUUGAGCAGGUUCUCACUGAUAUAACUGAUGCCAUCAAGCUGGACUCGGGAGUGGUGAAACGCCUGUAUACCCUGGAUGGGAAACAGGUGAUGUGCCUUCAGGACUUUUUUGGUGACGAUGACAUUUUUAUUGCAUGUGGACCGGAGAAGUUCCGUUACCAGGAUGAUUUCUUGCUAGAUGAAAGUGAAUGUCGAGUGGUGAAGUCCACUUCUUACACCAAAAUAGCUUCAUCAUCCCGCAGGAGCACCACCAAGAGCCCAGGACCUUCCAGGCGCAGCAAAUCCCCUGCCUCAACCAGCUCAGUUAAUGGAACCCCUGGUAGUCAGCUGUCUACUCCACGCUCGGGCAAGUCGCCAAGCCCAUCACCCACCAGCCCAGGAAGCCUGCGGAAGCAGAGGAGCUCUCAACAUGGAGGCUCCUCUACUUCCCUUGCAUCCACCAAAGUCUGCAGCUCAAUGGACGAGAACGAUGGGCCUGGAGAAGGUGAAGUGUCGGAGGAAGGCUUCCAGAUUCCAGCCACAAUAACAGAACGAUAUAAAGUCGGAAGGACAAUAGGAGAUGGAAAUUUUGCUGUUGUCAAGGAAUGUGUAGAAAGGUCAACCGCUAGGGAGUAUGCUCUGAAAAUUAUCAAGAAAAGCAAAUGUCGAGGCAAAGAGCACAUGAUCCAGAACGAGGUGUCUAUUUUAAGAAGAGUGAAGCAUCCCAAUAUUGUUCUUCUGAUCGAAGAGAUGGAUGUGCCAACGGAACUGUAUCUUGUCAUGGAAUUAGUAAAGGGAGGAGACCUCUUUGAUGCUAUUACUUCAACCAACAAAUACACGGAGCGAGAUGCCAGUGGGAUGCUCUACAACCUGGCCAGUGCCAUCAAAUACCUGCAUAGCCUGAACAUCGUCCACCGGGACAUCAAGCCAGAGAACCUACUGGUGUACGAACACCAAGAUGGCAGCAAAUCGCUGAAGCUGGGUGACUUUGGACUGGCCACCAUUGUAGACGGCCCCCUGUAUACGGUCUGUGGCACCCCGACAUACGUGGCUCCAGAAAUCAUCGCGGAAACUGGAUAUGGCCUCAAGGUGGACAUCUGGGCAGCUGGUGUAAUCACUUACAUCCUGCUGUGCGGUUUCCCUCCGUUCCGUGGAAGCGGUGAUGACCAGGAGGUGCUUUUCGAUCAGAUUUUGAUGGGGCAAGUGGACUUUCCCUCUCCAUACUGGGAUAACAUUUCUGAUUCAGCAAAGGAGCUCAUCACCAUGAUGCUGUUGGUCGAUGUCGAUCAGCGAUUUUCGGCUGUGCAAGUCCUUGAGCAUCCCUGGGUUAAUGAUGACGGCCUCCCAGAAAAUGAACAUCAGCUAUCAGUAGCUGGAAAGAUAAAGAAGCACUUCAACACAGGCCCCAAGCCGAAUAGCACAGCAGCUGGAGUUUCUGUCAUAGCAACCACCGCUCUUGAUAAGGAGAGGCAGGUUUUCCGACGAAGACGCAACCAGGAUGUGAGGAGCCGGUACAAGGCCCAGCCAGCGCCACCUGAACUCAACUCGGAAUCGGAAGACUACUCCCCAAGCUCAUCCGAGACUGUUCGCUCCCCAAACUCGCCCUUUUAAUAAGACCCUUUUACUCGAAGUCCUAGCUUAACCCUUUGAGACUCUGAGAUUUUUUUUCCCAAAUUUAUGUAAAACAGUUUCAUCUGAUCUAUCUAGCACUCAAUGCUUGAAUGGCGGAACACAAAGUGUGUUUUCUGGUAUCUUGGUAGCGAUUUCUCUUUGCUGAAUGAGAUGACCACAUGUUGUUUGCGAAGAUGGCAACUUGCUGCUAAUAGGGUCCUCAAAGGGUUAAGGCUAAUUUGCAACUUUUUUAAACAUAGAAGCAAUGAAUGUGUUCAUCAGUCAAA